AUGGACCAAGACACGAGACCUCUAGCCUCCCUCUCCCUCACCCACGUCUACUAUGACCCCGAUGAUUCCCUCUCGUUCCUCUGCGCGUGGCUCGCCCUGCUCCCGCAGGCCUUAUGCAUCGUCUACGCGACCCUGAUCUGGUCCACCCGCGAGAUCGAGAUCGUCCUCAUGUUCGCUGGCCAGCUGGGUUGCGAGGCCAUCAACUUCGCCCUCAAACGCCUCAUCAAGGAGGAGCGCCCCCGCCGCAUCCACGGCAAGGGCUACGGCAUGCCCAGCUCCCACGCCCAGUUCGUCGCCUACUGGUCCAUCUUCCUUGUCUUGUUCCUACUGGUCAGGCACCGGCCUACCUCCGCGCGGAGGCACCACCAGCCCUACUCGCUCAUCGAGCGCGUCGUCGUCAGCGUCGCGGCGCUGGGCAUUGCCGCCGCGGUGGCCUGGAGCAGGGUAUACCUCGACUACCACACCGUGAAGCAAGUUUUGGUCGGCUGUCUGGCCGGCUCGGUGUGCGCCGUGGGCUGGUUCAUGGUCACGGCAAUCGCGAGGGAUUUUGGCCUCUUGGCCUGGGUCUUGCAGACCCCCAUUGCGCGGCUGUUUAGAUUCCGUGAUCUUGCGGUGGAAGAGGAUCCGUGCCAAGCUGGCUGGGACAAGUGGGAGGAGAGGCGCGUGGAGGCGGAUCGGCAGAAGAGCAAAUAA